AUGAAGUUUUCCCUCUUCUCGACUUUCACCCUCACCCUCGCCCUCAGCGCCCUCCCCCUCGCCAUGGCCCAAAACCGUACCGCAACCAACAACCUAGGCACGAACCCGAACCAGCGCUUCCAACUGAACCAAAACCAGGCGCUUCAAAUCAUCACCGCUGCCGCCGCUAAGUCUGCUGAGAUCAAAAUUCCCAUCAACGUAGCCGUGACCGACCCCGCCGGCCUCCUCCUCGCCUUCCUGCGCACCGACAACGCAUACCUCGGCAGCAUCGACAUCGCCAUCAAGAAGGCGCGCACCGUCUCGCUCUUCAACGGCGCCAUCACCACGGGAGCCUGGUACAACCUUACCCAGCCCGGCCAGUCGCUGUAUGCGAUCCAGGAGACGAAUGGAGGCCUGAUUGUGUUUGGCGGCGGCGUGCCGUGCUAUGUUGAUGGGUACUUUGUUGGGUCUGUAGGCGUAAGUGGGGGCACGACGGAUGAGGAUGUGCAGAUUGCUACCGCGGGAGUGGAUGCGGUGGGGAGUACUGAGGGGCAGGUUUAG